CGUCGAAAUAUCGAGUCCUCAGCCCUUCCUUCUCUCAUAAUGGCACGCUUGCCACCUCCUCUCGCUGUCUGUUCCGUCGCUCUCCUGCUCUACGUCUCGGUCUCGCCGUGCCACGCGGCGGCGGCAGGCGGCAAGCCGAGCGCCGUAGUGCUGCCGGUGAGCAAGGACGGCGCGACGCAGCAGUACGUGACGGUGUUCAGGCAACGGACGCCGCAGGUGCCCGUCAGGGCCGUGCUGGACCUCGCCGGCGCCACGCUCUGGGUUGACUGCGACGCCGGGUACGCGUCGUCGUCGUACGCGCGCGUGCCGUGCGGAUCCAGGCCGUGCCGCCUCAUGAAGUACCGCGAGUGCUUCAACAGCUGCUUCGGCGAGCCGUCCCCGGCCUGCCUCAACGACACCUGCAGCGCGUUCCCGGGUAACGCGGUCACGCGGGUCACCGCCGGCGGCACCAUCAUCACCGACGUGCUGUCGCUGCCCACCACGUUCCGCCCCGCCCCGGGCCCGCUCGCCACCGCGCCGGCGUUCUUGUUCACCUGCGCGCACACGUACUUGACCGAAGGCCUCGCCACCGGCGCCACCGGCAUGGCGUCCCUCAGCCGCGCCCGCUUCGCGCUCCCCACGCAGCUCGCCAAAACCUUCGGCUUCUCCCGCAGGUUCGCGCUGUGUCUCCCGCCGGCCUCGGCAGCGGGCUUCGUCGUCUUCGGCGACGCGCCCCGCGUGUUCCAGCCCGGGGUGGAUCUCUCCAAGUCGCUCAUCUACACGCCGCUGCUCGUCAACCGGGUGAAAACGGCAGGGAAGUACACCACGGGCGAGAUAGGGAUCGACUACCUCAUCGGCGUGUCGGGCAUCAAGGUGAACGGCCGCGCCGUGCCACUGAACACGACGCUGCUGACCAUCGACAAGAACGGCGUCGGCGGCACCAUGCUGAGCACGGCGUCGCCGUACACCGUGCUGGAGACCUCCAUCUACAGAGCCGUCGUCGACGCGUUCGCGGCCGAGACGGCGGCCAAGAUCCCCCGCGCGCCGGCCGUGGCGCCGUUCGAGCUGUGCUACGACGGGAGCAGAGUGGGGAGCACCCGCGCGGGGCCAGCCGUGCCGACCAUUGAGCUGGUGCUGCAGAGCGAGGGCGCCGCGGCGUCGUGGGUGGUGUUCGGAGCGAACUCGAUGGUGACCGCAAAGGGCGGGGCGCUCUGCCUUGCCAUGGUGGACGGUGGCUCCACGCUGUACCCGUCGUCGCCGGCGGUGGUGAUCGGCGGGCACAUGAUGGAGGACAACCUGCUGGAGUUCGACCUGGAGAGGUCGCGGAUGGGUUUGAGCUCCUACCUCCCGUUGCGGCAGACGACCUGCAACAACUUUCGCCUCGGCUAGUCUGCUCCCAAAUUAUGAACCAAUGUACCUGCACUUGCCCAAUGCCUCU